UCUUUUUCCAUUGAAUGAAAGGUGAUAAGCCUGAAAGCUGUCCAUUUUCCUUCGUAUUUUCUCUUCUUUUUCUUCAUUCCCAUCCAUGAAAAGUUAGAAACUUGGGGAGUAUCAUGGACUCUCACUCUCUGCGCUUCAUCACCCACCACUCCUUCUUCUCUGCCCUUCGAUCCGGCAACCUCGACUCCGUCAAACGCCUCUUGGAUGAGCUGAUCGGAGACGGCCCCUCAGAUGGCUCCGCGGUCUCCGAUCUUAUGGCUUUGCAGAACGACGCAGGGGAGACCGCCCUCUACGUCGCCGCUGAGAAUAAUCUGCUGGACCUUUUCAGAUUCUUGGUCAGUUUCGCUGAUAUUCAGACUCUAAUGAUCAGGUCCAAGUCUGAUAUGGACGCUUUUCACGUCGCCGCUAAGCAGGGCCACUUGGGGAUUGUGAAGGAACUUUUGAGCAUUUGGCCUAAGCUUUGUAAGUCGUGUGACUCCUCAAACACUUGCCCCCUCUAUUCAGCUGCUGUUAAGGACCAUUUGGAUGUGGUAAAUGCCAUCUUGGAUGCCGAUGCCAGCUCAAUUAGGAUAGUAAGGAAAAAUGGGAAGACUGCAUUGCACACUGCUGCUAGGUAUGGCUACCUUCGUAUCGUUAAAGCACUUAUAGAGCACGAUUCAGAAAUAGUCAGCAUCAAAGAUAAGAAGGGCCAAACAGCACUCCAUAUGUCUGUAAAAGGUCAGUGUCCUUUGGUUGUCGAGGAGAUAUUGUCUGCCAAUUGCUCUAUACUUAAUGAACGUGACAAGAAGGGCAAUACAGCUUUGCACAUUGCCACAAGGAAAGGUCGUUCAGAGAUAGUAGGCCUUUUGCUGAGCUAUACAUCUGUUCAUGUCAACACAAUUAACAAUCAGCAGGAGACCGCUAUGGAUUUGGCCGAGAAACUGAUAUAUGGAGAAUCAGCAUUGGAAAUUAAGGAAUUUCUAGCAGAAGCUGGUGCCAAGCAUGCUAGGAAUGUUGGCCAAGUGGAUGAAGCAAUGGAACUCAAAAGGACUGUGAGUGAUAUAAAGCAUGAGGUGCACUCGCAACUCAAAGAAAAUGAACAAACCCGCCGCCGAGUUUCUGGUAUUGCCAAGGAGUUAAAGAAACUUCACAGAGAAGCUGUUCAAAACACCACCAAUUCUAUCACAGUUGUUGCUGUUCUCUUUGCCUCGAUUGCUUUCUUGGCUAUAUUCAACUUGCCCGGCCAAUACUUUAAGGAUGGACCAGAUGUAGGGAAGGCUAACAUAGCUGACAAUGUUGCUUUCAGAGUGUUCUGCCUUUUAAAUGCUACAUCUCUCUUCAUUUCUCUAGCCGUUGUUGUGGUUCAAAUCACUUUGGUGGCCUGGGACACUAGGGCUCAGAAGCAGGUUGUGUCAGUUGUUAACAAGCUAAUGUGGGCUGCCUGUGCCUGCACUUGUGGGGCUUUUCUAUCAAUAGCUUUUGUGGUUGUUGGAAAGCGGUCAUGGAUGGCUAUUACUAUAACCCUUAUGGGAGCACCGAUUCUUGUGGGGACUCUUGCAAGCAUGUGCUACUUUGUUUUCCGACAACGCUUUGGGAAUUUCCGAAGCGACUCCCAGAGACGCAUCAAAAGGGCGAGUGGGAGCAAGUCUUUCUCAUGGUCUGUGUACUCUGCAAAUAUAUCAGAUCCUGAUGACCAUAACUCCGACUUUGAGAAAAUCUAUGCUCUUUAGACAUUGUUUUUUGAACGGUGAGUUAUCUGCGCGAGCUCUUCAACCACUGAAUGCUGAAUGUUUCUUGUUUCGACAAACAAGAAAUUAUGUAUAUUCACAAACAUUGAAGUAUAUUAUGUUAGUUCAGUCCAUGUGUGAAUUUAAUAUGUUUCCAGCA